AUGAGUGAUUCCAUGAUGAUAAGUACCCAACAACAUGAGAAUGAGUUAUAUAGCUAUGAAGAUCAAAACAAGGAAAAAGAGGCAUUUGUUUCCCAACUCCCUAAAACCAAAGGAUGGUUAGGAUCAAAUAGUACUCUUUGCUUGUACCAAAACUUUUGGUGUCCACCAACAAUUGUUCCAAACAUAAUUUCAUUCCAAAAUCACUUCCAAGCUCUUGAUGAAGACAUAAUUAUAGCCUCAAAGCCAAAAUCAGGCACCACUUGGUUGAAAGCCCUUUUGUUCUCAAUCAUCAAUAGAGCCCACACAACACUCUCCAACACCCCUUUGCUUAGUUCUAACCCUCAUGAGCUUGUACCCUUUUUUGAGUAUAAUUUGUAUACAAGAAACCAAAAAAACCCCCCUCUAAUAAAAAGCAUUCCAUCUCCAAGACUAUUCUCCACUCACAUACCUUAUGACUCUUUACCAAAAUCUAUUAUAAAAUCGCAAUCUCAAAUUGUUUACAUCUGUCGAAACCCUCUUGAUACUAUUGUUUCCCAUUGGCAUUUCGCAAAUCAAGCUGAUGAUGGUAAUCGCCUCGACCAUUGUUCUUCAAAGUGGACUUUAGAGGAGUUUGUGGAUGCAUAUUGCAAUGGUGUGGAAGUUUAUGGGCCAUUUUGGAGCCAUAUUCUUGGGUAUUGGAAGCAAAGUGUAGAGAAUCCUCAAAAGGUUAUGUUUCUCAAGUAUGAAGAGUUGAAAAGGGACACUAAAACUCAAGUGAAAAGGUUGGCUGAGUUUGUAGGGUUUCCUUUUUCUUUGGAGGAAGACACACUAGGUAUUAUUGAUGAAAUAUUAGAGCUUUGUAGUUUGAAAAAUUUGAAAGAGUUGGAUGUGAAUAAACAUGGAAAAUUCAUGCCAUAUUUUGAAAAUAAAAGCUAUUUUAAGAAAGGAGAAGUAGGAGACUGGGUUAAUCAUCUUAGUUCGGCAACAGUAGAGCGAGUUGAAAAAUUAAUCCAUGAUAAGUUAAAUUCUCUUAUUUGA